AUGAUGCUAUCGAGGCGCGGAAAGGAGCACAAGCAUGAUUACUAUGUGCAUCAAGGACGCUUUGUUGGCGAACGAAAUUUACUGGAUAAAAAUGACUUCCGCCGUGAAUCGGUUAAGAAGCCAAAGGUGGAAUAUCGAACAUCGACCGAUUGUGUUUUAAUCAAAAUCGACGAAGAUCUGAUGGACUUCAUCCGGGCAUUUGACCGCUCGAUCAUACGUACAAUAUCACGAAAAGAGCAAACGCGUCGACUUAUCUAUGAACUCAAAGAGCAGCAAGAGUCGUAUGAUUUUUUUAAACUAAUAUCUCACUGCUAG